CGGCGGGUGCUGACCAUGGCGCUGGCGCUCGGGGAGGGCGGCGGCGGCGGCGGCGGCGGCGGGGGGAGCCGGCUGCGGCGGCAACUGGAGUCGGGGGGCUUCGCGGCGGCGGAGUACGUGAAGCAGCUGUCGCAGCAGUCGGACGGCGACCGGGAUCUGCAGGAGCACCGGCAGCGCAUCCAGGCGCUCCAAGAGGAGACGGCGCAGAGCCUGAAGCGCAACGUCUACCAGAACUACCGGCAGUUCAUCGAGACGGCGCGGGAGAUCAGCUACCUGGAGAGCGAGAUGUACCAGCUCAGCCACAUCCUCACCGAGCAGAAGGGCAUCAUGGAGGCCGUCACACAGGCCCUACUCCUGCAAGCCGACCGCGACGACCCCGCCCUGGGCGCCCGCCGCGCCGCCGCCGCCGACCCCUUCCUGCCACUGUCGGCUAAGGAGGCUGCGGCCAGCGAGGAGGGCCGGCAGCGGACGCUCACCACCCUGCUGGAGAAGGUGGAGGGCUGCCGCGACCUGCUGCCCGAGAGCCCCGGCAAGUACCUGGUGUACAACGGCGACCUGCUGGAGUACGACGCCGACCACAUGGCGCAGAUCCAGCGGGUGCACGCCUUCCUGAUGAACGACUGCCUGCUGGUGGCCACCGCCCUGCCCAACCGCCGCGGCGCCUACCGCUACGACGCCCUGUACCCCCUGGAAGGGUUGGCCGUGAUCAACGUCAAGGACAACCCGCCCAUGAAGGACAUGUUCAAGCUGCUCAUGUUCCCCGAGAGUCGCAUCUUCCAGGCCGAGAACGCUAAGAUCAAGAAGGAGUGGCUGGAGGUGCUGGAGGAGACCAAGCGCAACCGGGCCCUCAGUGAGAAGCGACGCCUGGAGCAGGAGGCCCUGCCCCGGCCCGCCCCAACACCUGAGUCCACCAACCCCUUCGAGGAGGAUGAGGAUGAGGAGGAGGAGGAAGAGCCCUCUGCUGAGGAGGAGACGGUUGACCUCUCGCUUGAGUGGAUCCAGGAGCUGCCGGAGGACCUGGACGUCUGCAUUGCUCAGCGGGACUUUGAAGGGGCUGUGGACCUGCUCGAUAAACUCAACGAGUACUUGGGAGACAAGCCUGCGAGCCAGCCCGUGAAGGAGCUGCGGGCCAAAGUGGAUGAGCGGGUCCGGCAGCUUACUGACGUGCUGGUCUUUGAGCUGUCUCCGGACCGCUCGCUGCGAGGAGGGCCACGAGCCACGCGCCGAGCCGUGUCCCAGCUCAUUCGCUUGGGCCAGUCCACCAAGGCAUGUGAGCUCUUCCUGAAGAACCGUGCAGCCGCGGUGCACACGGCCAUCCGACAGCUGCGCAUUGAAGGUGCCACGCUGCUCUACAUCCACAAACUCUGCCACGUCUUUUUCACUAGCCUUCUAGAGACGGCCAGAGAGUUUGAGACGGACUUUGCUGGCAACAAUGGCUGCUACUCUGCCUUCGUUGUGUGGGCCCGCUCUUCCAUGAGGAUGUUUGUAGAUGCCUUUAGUAAGCAAGUGUUUGACAGUAAAGAGAGCUUGUCAACUGCAGCGGAAUGUGUGAAGGUAGCUAAAGAGCACUGCAAGCAGCUCAGCGACAUUGGACUGGAUCUCACCUUCAUCAUUCAUGCCCUCCUGGUAAAGGAUAUCAAAGGUGCUUUGCAGAGCUACAAGGAUAUCAUCAUCGAGGCCACCAAGCACCGCAACUCUGAGGAGAUGUGGAGGAGGAUGAACCUCAUGACUCCAGAGGCUCUGGGGAAACUCAGGGAGGAGAUGAAGAGCUGCGGCGUAGGCAAUUUUGACCAAUACACUGGUGAUGACUGCUGGGUCAACCUUAGCUAUACUGUAGUAGCUUUCACUAAGCAGACUAUGGCCUUCUUGGAGGAAGCAUUAAAGCUUUACUUUCCAGAGUUGCACAUGGUUCUUUUGGAGAGCCUUGUGGAAAUCAUCCUAGUGGCUGUCCAGCAUGUUGAUUACAGUUUACGGUGCGAACAGGACCCUGAGAAGAAAGCAUUCAUUAGGCAGAAUGCAUCCUUCCUUUAUGAAACUGUCCUUCCUGUUGUGGAAAAAAGAUUUGAGGAGGGAGUUGGAAAGCCAGCCAAGCAGCUACAGGAUCUGAGAAAUGCUUCAAGAUUGAUGCGAGUAAAUCCAGAAAGUACCACCUCUGUGGUGUGAAGUAAACGAACAGUUCUUAUGAACAGAGUGUGAAAGCAGUUAGUGAAAACACUGUACAUUGCAUAUGUGAACUAAAUGGUUUUUUUGAGCUCCUGGAAAAUGAGGAAGUCUGGUUGCAAGAUUGCAGAGACUGAAGUUACAGUCAAAGGCUUCAAGGGUCCAACACUUCUUCUGAGGGGGUGCAGGAAAGUGAGAGGUAGCUGUUGAAAUCAUGUGUCCUUGUACAGCAUAUCCUGUAAGAAUGGUUAAUGUAGUGUUUGUGACUUGGGAAGUACUAUGAUGUACAAUUUUUGGCCAAAUGUUUGUGAAAACCUUAAAUAUAUGUACGUUGUUCAGCAGGAAAAGAUCACUUCUUGUCACAUCAUUGUGUGUGUGCUUUUUUUAAGGCAGUGCUCUGGUAGAAGGGAAGUGCUGAAACGCUCCCAGGGUGUGGUGUUUGGUGAGGCACGUCCACCAUUAGAUGUGACUCAGCAGUCGAGAUAAACAGCAUGGGUUUUGAUAUUCAGCUUUGUUUGAUAGCAGUGCAGACUCCUCAGUUUCUCUUACAUAUGUAAUCUCUUAAUUCAUUUCUAGAACAGAUCUAAAUUAAUAAUCUUGAAUUGAUUUUUGUGUUUGAGUGUAGGGGCUGUUUCUCUUUAAUAAGCUUGCCUGUCAAGUUACAGCUCUGAAAGCAGAGCUCCUUAUUGUCAGAAACACUUUUUCCUUUCAGAGAAGAAACAAGGGUACUUUCCCUUCCCCUUCGUAUUCCCCUUGUUUUCUCACAGACUUCACUGGAGUCAAGUGCAUCAGAUGAACUGUGCGUUCUUGCUAGAGGUUCUGUCUGAAGUGCAUUAUGGGCCAUUACCUGCAGGUUAGAAACCACAGCAAAGAGGCAUAAAUGCUCUCAAAAUGUUCGAGUCAGGGAGAGGGUCUUCAUGAAGAUACUGUGUCAUUUGGGAGAAACAGAAUUCUAGCUUUGCCCUAUAGAAGCAGCAGAGGAUAAAGACACUGACCAUAAGGGUUUUUGUGAACUAUGUGAUCUACAAAAUGCAUACUGUAACUCUCCUGAAAAUAUUACCUUGUUUCCUGUAAUAUAGCAAUAACCAACCCAGAAGAACGUUCCUUUUUACAGAACACACAAGGACUGCAUUUGAUUGAGAACUUGAAUGUAGAUGGUAUUCAUGCCAUGAGAAUGUUUUUUGGUUUGGAUUGGUGAUGCUUAUAUUGCUCUGUAUUUCUGAAAUCAAAAUAGGCUUAUGCAAAGGCUGUCUUCAGAAGGCUAUCAGCAUUGCCUUCUAAGCUGCAUAAACUUCUUCCCCUUCAUUUUGCAGGCCUUCUUAAUUGAGCUAAAAUUGUUACAGCUGCAUAAUCUUAUACUGGACACUUAAUAAGAUCUUAACAAGAUCGUAAGUGGGAUAAUUGAGUAUCUUGUUCCUCUUGUGUUUUCAAAUGAAAGCUUUUACGAUUUAUGUCAUGGUAAUGAUUGCCUCAUGACUGCAUGAAGAAACAAGAAAUCACUAGUAUAAUAUCCUGUGUAACUGCUUCUACUGCAGCUUUGUCAUUUCUUCAUGUUUUCACACUUCCAGCUCUAUGCAGUUUUUGCUUUAGUGGCUAGUUUUCAUUCUCUUGCUCUUAAAGUGCUUCUUGAGCUGUCAGAUUUUGCCAAGCAUCUGCUUACUUGCUAUCCAAGUCCAAAAUGACCAAUUUGGUCAUUUUGCUAGAAAGUAACAGCAACAAAAACAAUUUUAGUAAAUGUUUUUUAAAAGGGUAACUCAUUAGCCUGAGCUAAAAAGGGUUUGAGGACCACUGAAAUAGCUGUAUUUGCCAAACAGGCAUUUUUUUUCCACCAGUGAACUCUCUUAGAUACCAGAGCCUAGUGAAUUACAUUGAAGUAAUGUAUUUUCUAUCAACUGUUCAAAGUAAGCAAGGGUAGUAAUCUGGCCUUGCUUAAUUUUUCAGUGAACUGUAAGUGAGAACUCACCAUUACGAUGGGUAGUGUGAAAGAAGGGGAGAAAGGAGGGUGUUUUUCUCUGAAGACAGGUAUAUUUCAGUGUUUUAUGUGAAGCGGAAGAAAGUAUAUUUACUUGUGAGCAAAGAAUAAAUAUCUGAGCUUUAGGUCACUUCCUUUUUUUGCUGUGCAAGAGGGGGGUAGCUGUGGAAUUACAGCUCAAGAUUGAUUAUUGUGAUGCUUGAGGAUUUUGUGUAAGAAGCUGAAUUGUAGAUGCCAUUUUUUGGCUCUGGCAUGCUGUUAAAUUGAAGAGCCCUAUUCAUGCUUCUGUUACAAGCUGGCACAGCACAUCUUAUUCUAAUCAGAGGGUGAAAUGUAAGAUCUAAUUCUGCCAUGCACUUUGUUAUGUCCUUGUCACCAUUCCUUUCAUCAAUCUAGUAAAAGCAUGCACGUCCUCCUGAUGGUCUAUCAGCUGCCAUCAUGGAGCUGUAGGCUUACAUGGAUGUUGGCUUUAAUAGAUGAGGGAAUCUGGCCUUUUGUUUCGGUGCUCAAAUGUAUUCAUGUACCUGUUAGCAAUGCACACAAGGUCAAGUUCUAUAAACUGUAAGGAGCAUUGGUAUUUUGAAACUUGUGAGUUUGUUCUAAAGUCAUAAUGAAAGGAAAACAUUGGCUUAAGGAAAAUGGAGUGUAAAUAGCAUUAAACCCACUUUGUAUGUUAAUUCAGUUAACAGAUAAAGCCAGUGUGUGCUAAAAGUCAUUGUUUAAUAAAUACAUUUCAGAUUUGCAUAUAUCAGUUUGAAAUGGGGUUUUUCUUUUUCUGAGCUGUUUGCUUGUGGAGGUGGUGUGAUUCCAAUGAAAAUUUGCAGUAACUAUUAAAUAAUACAAUAGCAGUUCUGUUGAUUUGGGGAAGAGAGAACUGUAAUUUUGCUAAGGCUUUGUUUUAUUUCUCUAUGAGGGAUUUGCAUAUGAAAUCUGGUUUCCUUUAGCUGCUCUGACAAAAUUGUGGUGUAUACUUUCUUUAAUUGUUAUUCAGAUGAAUUUAUGUAUUAGAAUUUUAUGCAAUAACUUUUCUGAACAGUGGGAACGAUAUAUUAAAACUUUUGGGACAUACAA